GAAGCCGCGGCUCGGAGCCCGUAGCGGCGUGUUGCUCCACUAGGAGCCGCUGAACUCGCCAUAACCCGAAAGUGCAGCUUUAUUCGUGUGUGGCGCUCGGGACGCUCGGACGCGGCUGGGAAAGCCUCAGAAGGUGAAGGCGCCUGCCUCGUAGCUCGGUGCGAGCUGACGGCUUUGCGGGGGGAACUUUCCGCCCAACGAAAAGUGAUCGGCGGCGCUUGGCGACGGGUUGCGGGGACCGAGACGGAGCUUCGGGCGGCUUGGACGGGGAUGUUGUUCGUCUUUUCACAAGUUUAGGCGGCGAGCGCGACGCCGACUGAGGGCUAGCUAGCGUUAGCAUAGCCCGCUAGGUAAAUAUCACGCCUGCCUCUCGGAGUUUCCCGCAUCUGCGGCCACUUGUCAAUACGAUAACUGUGCCGUGGGAGGAUAUCGCGUGGCACUGUUUUAUUGAUCACAAUACUAUGCUUCGCCCCGACGAGAUGGGUGGUUUUUUGAUACGGCGCACUCGGAGCUAGCUGGCUAAUGUUAGCAUGAUCGAAUGCUAGCUGCCAUUAGCUAACGACGCCGAGCCAGCCAGCAACUUCGGCAGGAGAGUUUCGGCGAGCUAACAACGACCGUAUUGUCGCUCCCGAUCCACCGCUGCGACUGAAAGCAGUCAGCCCGCAGCCAUGUUUGAAAUGGAGACGCAUAUAUCGUGCCUUUUCCCGGAGAUCCUGGCCAUUAUUUUCAGUUAUCUGGACGUAAAAGACAAAGGAAGAGUAGCGCAAGUGUGCGCGGCCUGGAGGGACGCGUCCUACCACAAGUCCGUGUGGAGGGGGGUGGAAGCAAAGCUCCACCUGCGGCGAGCUAACCCCUCGCUGUUCCCCAGCCUGCAGACCAGGGGCAUCAAAAAAGUUCAGAUUCUCAGCCUGAGGCGAAGUCUGAGCUACGUGAUUCAAGGGAUGCCGCACAUCGAAAGCCUUAACCUGUGCGGAUGCUUCAACCUCACGGACAACGGACUCGGUCACGCCUUUGUGCAGGACAUCCCGUCCCUGCGGGUGCUGAACCUCAGCCUUUGUAAACAGAUCACCGACUCCAGCCUGGGCAGGAUUGCCCAGUACCUCAAAAACCUGGAGGUGCUGGAACUCGGGGGCUGCAGCAACAUCACCAACACCGGCCUGUUGCUCGUUGCCUGGGGCUUGCACAGACUCCAGAGCCUUAACCUGCGCAGCUGCAGGCAUGUGUCCGACGUGGGCAUCGGUCACCUGUCCGGCAUGACCCGCAGCGCGGCGGAGGGCUGCCUGUCCCUGGAGAAGUUAACUCUGCAGGACUGCCAGAAGCUCACCGACCUUUCUCUGAAACACGUCUCCAAGGGCCUGAACAAGCUCAAAGUGCUCAACCUCAGCUUCUGCGGAGGGAUAUCGGAUGCAGGGAUGAUCCACCUGUCGCACAUGACGCACCUGUGCAGCCUGAACCUGCGGUCGUGUGAUAACAUCAGUGACACUGGGAUAAUGCAUCUGGCCAUGGGCUCCCUGCGGCUCUCUGGACUCGACGUCUCCUUCUGUGACAAGAUUGGAGACCAGAGUCUGGCUUACAUCGCCCAGGGGUUGUAUCAGCUCAAGUCCCUCUCGCUGUGCUCCUGCCACAUCAGCGACGACGGCAUUAACAGGAUGGUACGCCAGAUGCACGAACUCAAGACUCUCAACAUCGGACAGUGCGUGAGGAUCACAGACAAAGGGUUGGAGUUGAUAGCGGACCACCUGACCCAGCUGACGGGGAUCGAUCUGUACGGUUGUACAAAGAUCACCAAGAGGGGUCUGGAGAGGAUAACGCAGCUCCCGUGCCUUAAAGUGUUGAACCUGGGACUGUGGCAGAUGACUGAGAGUGAGAGAGUGAGGUGAAGGUUGUGUGUGUGUGUGUGUGUCACGCUCAGUCGUGUACUUGUCUGUGUCCACUCUUAAUUUUACCUUCUAUACUGUGACUAAACGCGAGGAGGGGGACUCCGCAUGGAUCACUGGAAUAUUGUUCACUUCUCUGCAAUACUCUACUCUUGGUUUCCGUCUGAUGUGCAUUGUUUUUAAGCCUGUGUACACUUCUUACUCUCUAGCUACCUCACCCAUUAAACACAGGAGUGCCUACUAUCGCUGAAUACUAAAUAACUGCAUAUUUUUGUGACUCACAUACCAAUGAAGAUUUAGAUAUUUAAAAAAAAUCUCAUUGCAGAAUAAUAGUUAGGCAUUUUAACUCUUUAAGUCACAUUUUUGAUAGAAAGUUUUUUUUGGCUCGUGCAUCUUUUUACUUGUGUAACCGAAAUUCUUUUUUUUUUUGUAUUGAGUGAAAAAAUUGUACUUCAAAUUGAAGUGGGUGGAUCACUUGCGUCGUUCUUCGUUGUAUAGUUGGCUGUGUUUCAUAUUCCUGAGGAAAUAAGUAUGAUGCUCCAGUAUGCUACUCUGUCAAAAAGGUUCAUCCACACAACUACAGUAAGGUGUAGUGAUUGACAGCUGCCAAGGCUAUAUGCAAUACCUUUGAAACUGUUUUAUCAGCGGCCUGCCUCCUGAGGAGCUUCCAACGAUAGCGCCAGAGUAUUUGUUUUAAAAAAGCAGUAAUUUAAGAUUGUUUUAUAUUCAUACAGUAGUGAUAUUUAUGAAUAAAGAUGGCAAAUAUG